AUGGUCAACUUCGUCAUUUUUACAAGUUUUAUGUUCGUACUUGUGAGCGUUGCGUAUGACAUCGAUUAUUACGGUAACAGUACGCGGGAAAGUAAGAAAGUAACCCCUCACGAGGUGAUGGAGAAUAUUCUCUCUCCAAGCUAUGACUCACUGAUACGCCCUCCUGUUGUUGAUGAUAUGGAGAAUAAUAUGCCUGCGCAAAUCGACGUACAAUGCUAUGUUCGCAGAUGA